CCUAUCGGUGCAAUGCCACAAGAGCGUUUCGGCAUAGGGAGGGGGGUGGGCCGUGGGGCGAUCCCUAGCGAACCAAGAGGGAAGUCUCGUAUGCCGUUUGUACGUCAUCCGACAGGCCUCACGUCGGGAAGGGGUUCCGCAAUGCACUCCAGUAACACCAGAUCUCUAGCGUUCCCCGGUACAGAGGAGGACACGUCACAGAACCGACCCUGGAGUGCGAGUAACGGAAGCACCCAAAACAGACCUGAACAGGGAGAGUGGGGUCCGAAUAAAAUGUAUCGAAGACGACAUCCCAGUAACACUAAUUGGAGGCAAACGACACGCGACGAAGGCGACGAAUGGCGGAAUCAAGAAAAUCCUAGAAAUCGGUCGAACGUCGAUAAAUGGGAUCGGGACUGGAGCGAAAGACCCAUUCAAGACAGACCUCAGUCUUGGAACUCGAGUCGUCGACCGUGGAUGGGCGAUUCGCAAAACAACGACGAUAAUCUACCAGAGUGGGCCGUGGAUAGUGCAGAAGCAGGCGCGGGUUCAUUCGACUCGUCGGGGGCGUUCCAUGGCUAUAGUAACGAUGACUCCAACCUACCCAAGACUCAAGAGACUACAUAUCCACUGACUCGUUCGCACACACACGGUAGUUUUGCGAGAUCGAAAACUGUUGAAGAGGGUUCAGAAGAAUGGUGGGCGUCGGAGAAAGCUAAGAAAUUGUCGCCCAAACGAUUCGAUACCGGCGAAGUCAAGUUCAAGAAGUCUUUAAGCACUGGUUCGAGUGAAACGGCGGCGGGUACAAGCUCGAACGCGGGCAACGUUAAUAUGGACGAUUUACAAGAAAUACCGGAAAAGUUGGAAAAAAUUCGAGAUGACAACGACAACAGUAACCACAACAGUGCAGAAGAGAACCAAGAGGCAAUGAGGCAGAAGUUCUCGGAGAGCAAAACUUUUGACGCUCUAAUGAGGUCAGAUAUAGACUUUAGUGAGGGCAAUGAUGACAGGGGAAAUUUCCAAUCAGUGAUGAUCACCCCGAACAAUAGUCUGCGUCAAAAACACCAGAAUAUAGUCACGACAAACCCUGAUCCGUCGUUACUGCCGUCGACAAGUUCAGGGUUACUGCACAUAUUGCACGGAAUCCCGAUGAGCGCUAAGAAUAAAGAGAAGGAAUCAACCCAAACAACAGAGGAAAAAAUAAUGGAAGACCUAAUAGAUAUGACGCUUGAGGACUCACCACUGCCCGGAGCAUCAAACAAUGCAACUCAUCAACCAAACACCUCUAAGAAUCUACUACACCAGCUACCUAGCAAUAACCCUGGUAUCCAAUUACGUAUACCGAAUCCGAUACAAUCGCAUACUUUAGCAAUGAACUCUGGAACUUUACCAACGGCCAUGCAAACACCCAUACAGAAUGUUGGUAUACAAAACUCAGCUCUGAAUUCGUCUCUGGGACUACCAAUCGGUCCGCCGGGUAACAAUGGUAUGGUUUUACCGUUAACCAUACCCCCGGCUAUGCAGAACGCGCAAAUGAACACAAUAAAUACAGCCAUGCAAUCGAGGGCGGUUAUGGGGAAUUUUCAACCCAAUAAUAGUAUACCAGUUAUGCCGACUCCGAACGUCGCUAAUAAUGCGCUCUUUAUGGGUCAGAACAAUGCUCCCCAAUUACCGUCAAACGACAUGCCACUAGCGAACCACGGCGGUCAAAAUAAUUUAUUCCCGAUGCGCGGUCUUCAACACGCCAGCUCUCAGAAUUUUAAUUCAAUAUACAGCAAUAUUAUACAAAAUCAGACCACACAGAAUACACCGAACGCCGCAAAUCUCGGCGACCAGUGGUAUUAUGAGGACCCUAAAAAAAUCAUCCAAGGUCCGUUUUCAUCGAAGGAGAUGUACAACUGGUAUAGGGCGGGCUUUUUCAGUCCUAGCCUAAUGGUUAGGCGGGCAUACGAGACUCAUAUGCGGCCACUCGGUUCCUAUGGCCCAGUAGUGCCCUUCGCGCAAAUGGAUGUUUUAUCGCCAUUCCCGAUGUCAGGGUUUGAGUCUCGUCCGCAAGGUUACGACAUGCUUAAUCAACAGUCUAGCCUCGGCAUUGAAGAGUCACUAUGGGGCCAGCCGGGCCCAUCUCAAGACCUUAUGUGGAUGCAGCAGACAUUAAACGCUAGAAACGAAUCUAGUGUGAACAAUUUACCGAUGUAUUUCUGGGACCCACAGCCGUCUUCAGCUAUAUCGUCGAAUGCCCUCCUCCCCGAGGAGAUAGCCAAGGAAAUGAAAACUGAGGAUCAGAUUCUGGCACAAUUGAGAGCAUCGCAAAAUAUACCUACGCCUCCAACGGCACCGUUCUUGAACGACACGACUACAACUACAAAUUCAUCGUCAAUAAGUAAUAGUAGCGACGCCUUUUCAACCGUUUGCAGCACUCCAGAUCUCGAGAAGUUACAGAAAUUGAUGGAAAGUGAGAGUAUCAUGACACCCGUUCUUACUCCUGAGGCAAAAGUUGAAAAGGAACAAAUCGAGACGCCACCGGAAAAACCAGUGAAAACUGAACCGAUUCCAGAACCAGCAGUGAAGUCUCCACCAGCUCAACCCAAACAAGCUACCGAGAAAACGAAACAAGCAAAGACUGAAACCGAGAAGCCAGCCAAGGUCAAAGAACAGACGAAGAGUAAGAAAAAGGCCAAAGAAGAGAAAAAAGAAGAUAACGAAGCAAAGAUUAAAGAAGAGGAAUCCAAAUCUGAGAAAGCGUCAGUUGAAUCUUCGCCGACUAAGAAUAAAAAAGAAGACAAACAGAGUAAAAAAGAAUCAGAGAAAGAGAAAAAGGAAUGGAUCAAGGAAGGAUUUACGAUCGUGAAGGGUCCAGAGAAGGUCAGCAAGCAAGAAGGCAAGAAAAAGGCGGAAGAGAACAAAGCGGCCGAAGACGCUGAAAAGAAAAAGAAAGAGGAAGAAAAGCAACAAGCCGAGGAAGAGAGAAAACGAAAGUUGGUUGAAGCGACAAACAAGCAAAAGGAACAACAGCAACGUCAGAUCCUUGAAUCGUUAUCGAAGAAAGCUCCAUGGUCGGCCACACAAGCGGCAGCGACGAAUAAAGACGGUCUCACACUGGCAGAGAUACAGCGACUAGAAAGGGAGAAGAAACUCGAACAAAUAAAGGAACAGCAACACAUGAUGCAGCUUAUAGCUCAACAGCAGGCAGCCGCCCUGGCCAGGGAACAAGUCAUAAAUGACAACCAGAAUCUACCGUGGAGCAAGAAAAAGACCAACAACGGGUCCGGUCAGGGUCUUGCCGAGAUACAGGCGGAAACGAGACGCCAGACCGCGCAAGCCGCGCAGGUCGCGGCAGCUCAAAUGGUGAUAGAGGAACCAGUUAUCCCACAGUCGCAGACCAACCACGUACCUUGGGGCAACUCACAUAAUGGAGGUCAUAAGAAAAGCUUGGAAAAUUGCCUUCCAGGCGGUUUCUGGGACACACAACCUAAUACCUCUAAAACCGAAAAACCACAGGAGCCAGCUGGAAAACCAGAAAAAAAGAAGAAAGUUGUAGUCGUGCCUAAGAAGGAAACUUCUCCAAUGGCAGAGUUUGAGGCAUGGUGUGGUAGUGUUCUGACUUCCUGGAGCUCGAAGAUUGAUGUUCCUACAUUCGUCGGUUUCCUCAAAGACAUUGAAUCUCCCUACGAGGUAAAGGACUAUGUGAAAUGCUACCUCGGGGAAUCUAAGGAUGCCAACGAUUUUGCAAGACAUUUUCUCGAGAGAAGGUCAAAACUGCUCCGUGUUGGUAUGGUGACCCCAUCUGAUGACCUCUGCUCACCAGCCAUAGCUGUCAACCCCCGUGUCUCGCUGUCUGACUACCAGGAGGUGAAGGGUAAAGGCAAGAAAUCGAAAAAGAAUAAAAUGCUCAAAGUUGACGCCAGAAUCCUCGGUUUUUCCGUGACCGCCUCCGAGGACAGAAUCAACGUGGGCGAUAUAGACACGGUAUGAGACGAUAUUUAACAUACUCCCCUUGUGAUAAAACAGGUAUUGGCGUUAUUUAUUAUUUAUUAUUUACUGUAUAAACACUAGGGCGCCGAGCUUCCAAUAAUUAAUGUAAAUUGUAACUAAAGUGUGAAGCUGUUAGGGACAGUGCCUACGGCCGUUCUAGUAAUGUGUUGAAACUGGAAGGGGGUACUAGAAAGUGGGGGGUGGUUACGUCAAAUUUUUUUUUUUUUUUACAAAUAAUUUCCAGUAUACGUAAUACUCGAACGGCUCCAUGAUAAAUGAUUAAAAUAAUGAAACUUUUCGUUCCCAUCUCAUUAUUUACCAGCUAUUAUUGUUACGUCAAUGCUUCGU